AGAGCAUAAAUACUGAUAUUCCAGAUGUAUUAAGGUUCUCUUAUUCCCUAUGGGGGAUCUGGAGGUGAUGGACUGGCUGUUUUUUAACUAAAUUAUAUCAAACUUGCACUGUAAUGUAUUUCUGUGGAGACCAUUCAACUCAGACAGCAUUCCUGGCUCCCAUUAUAGCCAAUGGGCAUUCAAGCAUCUCCCCUUGUUCUCAGUUAGCAUUUGUCAUUCGUUUUAGAACUCCUCUCAAUAGGACAGAUCAAGAAACUUUCCUGUCUCUCUGCAAUUAAGUUACUCUCCAACAUUUUCAAUAUCGGUAAUUUAGUUCGAUAAUGCCGUACAAGUCCAAAUUUGGACCUCUUUUGGAUUGAUCUCGUGGACUCAGGCCAGCUGAAUGCGCUACCCAUUCUGGGAGCAACCCUAUGCAUACUAACUUAAGAGCAAACUGAAAGCGGUGGAGUUGUCCGUGGUGUAAAUGUGGCCACCAACGGACAGAGGCAGCAUGUUCAGCUACCUACGACUGAAUGGACAACAGGCCGGAGUUACACUACAGCCAGAAGCGCGUUCUUGGGCCGACGUCCGAGCCUGUUCCCGGCCUGCUAUUUUCACGUCCAGGCGCGCACAUGGAACCCGGGCGAGAGAACCCGGAGAGCCCCUUUCGAGCUGCCAGCCGCGAACGUUCGCAGGCACCCAGGUAGCCCCUCCUUCCUCUGCCGUUUCCCCUACACUCCAGCCCCGCCUCACUAGGAAGGGGGGGGGGAGGAAGAGAGAUGGAGGGGGCCGCGGACGGCGUGGUGCUGGGAAGAGGAAGCGGGGCAACGCUGCCAAGCAGCGACUGGCAGGGUCACGAACUCUGACCUUUCACAAGAAAACGACAACCCCCCCUCUCCCCCCACAAACAAACAAUAACAGACAACCACCCCGCCCCUCUCCUUCCUCGCGGGACACUUUAACCCCUUCAGCACCACCGCCUCUUUCUCCCGGGGGAGGGGGGGCCAACUCAGGCCCAGACGAGGCAGCUGCAGCCGGGUUCUUUUGGCGCCAAAUCCUGAGGUUUUCUAAUGAUCGUCCUUCACCAUGACAACCAAUAUGGAGGUGCUGGCUCAGCAGAUCGUAGAAACACAGCAGGUGGCUGAGGUGCAAACUGUACAGACCACAUUAUCUGAAUCUCCAGUGAUGACCAGCCCCUCCCAACGCAUCCAGAUCAUCUCCACAGACUCUUCUGUAGCUUCACCACAGCGCAUUCAGAUUGUCACAGAUCAGCAGACAGGGCAGAAAAUCCAAAUAGUGACAGCAGUGGACUCAUCAGUAUCCCCAAAGCAGCAGUUUAUAUUGGCUAGUCCAGAUGGAACAGGAACAGGGAAAGUCAUUCUGGCUGCACCUGAGGCCUCUAAUGCCAAGCAACUGAUUUUCACCACCACAGAUAACAUUGUGCCAGGAAGAAUACAGAUUGUGACAGACUCUGCCUCUGUGGAACGUUUGUUGGCUAAAACUGAUGUUCAGCGACCACAAGUAGUAGAAUAUUGUGUUGUCUGUGGAGACAAAGCAUCAGGUCGUCACUAUGGUGCUGUCAGUUGUGAGGGAUGCAAAGGCUUCUUUAAAAGGAGCGUGAGGAAAAAUCUGACCUAUAGUUGCCGUAGCAACCAGGAUUGUAUCAUCAAUAAACACCAUCGGAAUCGCUGCCAGUUUUGUCGGCUAAAAAAAUGUCUUGAGAUGGGAAUGAAAAUGGAAUCUGUACAGAGUGAAAGGAAGCCUUUUGAUGUGCAGAGAGAGAAACCAACCAAUUGUGCUGCUUCAACAGAAAAAAUCUAUAUCAGAAAGGAUUUGAGAAGUCCUCUAAUAGCAACUCCAACUUUUGUAGCUGAUAAAGAUGGAGCUAGAUCAACUGGUCUUCUUGAUUCAGGGAUGCUCGUAAAUAUUCAGCAGCCGCUAAUACGGGAUGAUGGUACAGUUCUCCUGGCUACAGAUUCCAAGGCUGAGACAAGCCAAGGUGCCUUGGGAACACUAGCAAAUGUUGUGACGUCUCUUGCCAGUCUCAAUGAGUCACUUAAUAAUGGUGAUACACCUGAAGUCCAGCAAGAAGAACAAUCUGCAAGUGAAAUAACUCGAGCAUUUGAUACUUUGGCUAAAGCACUUAAUACCACAGAUAGUGCCGCAGCUCAGAAUUUGGCAGAUGGGAUGGAUCCCACAGGUGGUGGGAAUAUUCAUGUAAUCAGUAGAGAUCAGUCUACACCAAUCAUUGAAGUUGAAGGACCCCUACUUACAGAUACUCAUGUGACAUUUAAAUUAACAAUGCCUACUCCAAUGCCAGAAUACCUGAAUGUGCAUUAUAUUUGUGAGUCAGCAUCCCGGUUACUUUUCCUUUCCAUGCAUUGGGCUAGAUCCAUCCCUGCUUUUCAAGCACUAGGGCAGGAUUGUAACACAAGCCUUGUGCGUGCCUGUUGGAAUGAAUUGUUUACCUUAGGCCUUGCACAGUGUGCACAGGUGAUGAGCUUGUCCACUAUCUUGGCAGCAAUUGUCAACCACCUGCAGAACAGCAUACAGGAAGAUAAACUUUCUGGAGACCGAAUAAAGCAAGUGAUGGAACACAUCUGGAAACUUCAGGAAUUUUGUAACAGCAUGGCUAAGCUUGAUAUUGAUGGAUAUGAAUAUGCUUACCUUAAAGCUAUAGUCCUCUUUAGUCCUGAUCACCCUGGUCUGACAAGUUCCAGCCAGAUAGAAAAAUUCCAAGAAAAAGCUCAGAUGGAAUUACAAGACUAUGUUCAAAAAACCUAUCCAGAAGAUACGUACAGGCUAGCCCGCAUUUUAGUUCGCCUCCCAGCACUUAGACUAAUGAGCUCUAGCAUUACUGAAGAACUCUUUUUUACUGGGCUCAUUGGAAAUGUUCCAAUUGAUAGCAUCAUCCCCUACAUUCUGAAAAUGGAAACCGCAGAAUAUAACGGCCAGAUAACAGGCUCCACUUCCUAGAAAGGAUCAGGACAUCUUGAUGGAUAUGAAUAAUCAUAACUCACUGGUUAACUUGCUUAAUAUGUAUAAAUGUUUCUGAUACAUUGCAAUUUCCUGUUAUUCUUGUCUAUUCAAAGACAAGGUAAAAAUAUUUUGGCAUAAACCUUCUGCUGCAAGGACUCAUUUCUGACAGAAGGAAUAUUAUAAUGCCUUUUGAUGAAAGUCUGUAGCAAAUUGCUGGAUAUCCUUUUUAUUUAGAACUUUUCAGUGAGCAAAAAUACUUCCUAUCAUGUCAGGAUACCAACAGAAAAUUAUUGAACUAAGAACAUUCAUUUGGAUCUAGAGAGUGACAGGCAGAGUUCUGCUUGUACAGCAGAGUAUUCCUGCCUCCCUUCCUGUUGUAGUCCUUCAGAAAAACUGUUCCUAAGCUUGGGGAGGGGGGCUGGAAUGCAGUGCAGAGGGCUUCAGACCUGCAUAGAAGGAGAUUGGCAACACAUAUGCCCUUUGCACGAGCAGAAGUGCCUCCUGCUUGAACAGUGGGGUCUCUGGAUCCCAGCCAGUAUGUAUAUAUAUUUUUUAAAUCUCUUGGAAAAAUAUCUGAAAUUUGCCAGACUACAGUGAUAUUAGCACUUUCAAAGCAGAUAUUGUUAAAACUAUGGCAUCGCCGUGAUCCUGUUUAUACAAGCAGGGUAAAUGAAAAAUACCAUUUUAACUAUAGACACGUGAAUGAUUUCUGUGAAAACGUGAUAAGCUGUGGGAGACAAUCAUUUAUGCUACUAAAUUUCAAUUGAAUGUGUUUAUUAGUAAUGUGAUUUCUUCAGUCAGAUUUCUAUACUAUUUGAAAUUAAAUUCUGCUAAAUUCAUGUAAAUGUUUACAGCAUAAGUGAAACACAAUGUUAUGACUCAGCUAUCAGCAUAAUAAAUGCUGUAGAAUUUAUUCACACUGGAAAACAGCAUACUUGCCUUGGUAAUGAAGAAUAAUGGAGAUUUUUAAGAGGUUCAGUAUGAGUCUGGUACUAUUUUACUUGUCAAAGAUGUACUGCUAUAUGUCUAUUUCUUGAGUACACCAGUCAUGAAAUUGCAGGAGUGCUAUCAGUUUCAGUUAUAACCGUAUGCAUUGUAGUAUGCGUACAAUUAAAAUUUCAGAUACAUUCCUUCUUCUGAGGCUUGGAAAACUGACUAGGGCAUGACAUAAAGUCCAGUGUGAAGCUGAGUCUUCUUCCAAGGGAUCAGAGGUCUGUCCUAGUCAUUUUCUUGUCCUCAGUUGCCACCCAGAUCAUUGGACUGAAUUUCUGUUCUGAACCACUUCACACAUAAUCGUGAUAGUCUUAAUAUGCUCGUGUUUUAGUAUGAAAAUUAUGCAAGUGUCCAUUUUCUAAUGAUCACAUUUGUUUUAGAAGGCACUUUAGUUCUUCACCUUCCAGACACACACAAUUGUGGCAAAAUAGACAUUUGGCUGAGUUUUCACUCCUUAUGAUCUACACAGGAUUUUAUCUAUAUAGAUAGAAAAUAUAUCAUGCAUGAAGGAGCCCACUACAACCAUAAUAUAAGCUAAGGAGAGUCUGUUUGGAGUUGGAGUACUAAGAAAUAUACAUUGCAUCUUUAUUGCCUCACCUGUCAAAAAGCAUUCUAGAUGCUCUGUUAAGUCUGUGUUGUUUUUAAUAUUAAUGUAAUGCAUUAUUAUUGUUCAGUCUUUCAAUUCAAAGUUGCAACAAUUCAUUUUAAUCACACAAAUUACUUAUUUCUGGAAUUAUUAUUGGUUUGAAAACAUUCCAAACGGGGUUGUUGUUCUUUUAAUUAAGUCAUAGUUGAAGUUUAGGAAGCUUUUUGUCAGAUCUGUGAGCAAACAUUAUUAUCUUUAUUGCCACUAUAAAUUUUGACUGACUGUGUUAUAACUCAAGUAACUGAAUCACUAAGUGUAACUUUAGUUCCUAAAUAUAUCCAAGCUUAUUGCAUGUCCCAUCUUUAUAAUGUUGAGAUUACUGUUUAGUUCACAAGAUAUCUGCAGUGGAGAAUAGCAAGAAAUGUUGUGCCUUUUCUUUCCUUAAUUAGCUCCCACUGUAAACCUAAAAUAAUUUGCACACAUAUAGUCAAUAGAAGGGAGGGCAUGCAUCCGCCCUGAGCCUGCUUGCGGGGAGGGCGGAAUAUAAAUACGAUAAAAUAAAAUAAAUAUGACAGUCAAAAGCAAUUAGAUGUCAAAAGCCUAAUUGAAAUGAUUUUUUCUUAAUUCAAUCAAUCAAUUUUAAUUAAAGAUGACAGAAUAUUGAACACUCCCGGUGUUAUGUAGGAACUCUAGCUGAGGAGUUCAAUCAGCACUUCCAUGAUGAAACCCUUUUCUUUGUUUUUUUCUUUUCAGCUUUAAAUGGCUUUAAAGGUAGCCGCAGCCAAAAUUCUAAUCCUUAAACUUCUCACGUAGAAGUAUAUAUACUUUUGUGUGCAAAGGGAAAUAUUAAAAGCAUAUAAAUGCUCUAAUACAAUUAUAGUGAAAUCCUAAGAACACUUUCAUGGUGGUAAGCCAAACUGAAUAGACCCAAGUAUGAUUCUGAGUAGAGCUACUUAAGAUUGCUCUCCUAGUUGUAUUGAAAUCUGCAAAAAUUUAAGGAUUUAAAUAUACUGGUUAUAUUAUGAGGGGUUUGUUUUACAGUGGUAGACUGUGUUUUAUAUACUCCCUUGAGCUGCUGGAUUUGGUAGUAUUAAAACAAUUAAAUAUUUUAUUAAAAAGUCAAGACUUAAAUGCGCUGGUAAUAUUUUCAAUAAUUAAAUACAAUAAAUUGGGAGCUAAGGUAAUUCCAUGAAAUACUUAGGUGGACAGUUAUUCAAGUGAAGGUUCUUACUGAAGUCUGGGUUCUACAGAUUUACACAGUAUGAUUGUCAAACUAUAUAAAUCAAUUUAGUUCUCUUGACUUGAGUGGAAUUACACUGAUUUAAAUAAUUUAUUCCAGUUAGCUGGAUUUGGGAUUGGGCUAAAAGAUUGGCUUUAACCAACGGCAUUUAAUAGCUGGCAUGAAGCUUUUCAGUAGUUUAAGUUUUUCUAUACAGCACAUUUUGUGGUUCAGUGGUUAAUCAGUUCUCAUCUAAUCAACCUUGUGUCAUUAAAAAUCUUUUUUUAUAACUGUUGCUGCAAUAGAAACAGAUGGUGAUCCCAUAGUUUAAGGAAUGCACAAAGAUUUCUGCUUUCCAUGUUGCUCAAGAAUAAAGGCUUAAAAUGAUUCAAGACACUGUGUUAUAGUGACAUGGACUAGAUCCUGCAGUGCAGGCAAGCUUUUUAAAAAAAUAUUUUGAGUGACUAGGAAGUCGCUCCAUGUGGCCGAGGAGAGAAUAAUGCAAUGUGAUGGUCUUUUUCAGUAGGCCAGAAGUUGUCUGAUUUUUAUGGUAGGUACAUGGCCAGUACAAAGUCAGAGUCCCUUACUAAGAAAAAGAUUGGAGUAGCUGAGUAAUGUCUGUGUGAGAUAAUGCUACUCCUUGGAACUGAUUUAGGAUCCUUAUGCCCAUUUCAGUUCUCCAAAAUUAGAAAGUAGGCAUUAGAAGGGAAGGGAUGCAUAAAAGUGCACCAGACACAAAAAAACGCAAAAAUGAGCUUUAAGCCACCCUUACUCACUGUUCAUUUACACAGGAGGCUGCAGAGAUUUGCUUUAUUUUUUGAAUCCCUGCCAUUAAAGCAAAGAUUUGCAAGCAGAUCUUUAAUCCUAGGAGGAGGAUUUAAAAAGCAACUUGUGGUUGUGUGUAUGUGAGGGGAGGGUGUUUUUUUUAGGAAACGAAAACAAAAGACUGUCUUAUAUUAGAUCUCUGUGUAUGGGGGGGAGGGGAUACAAUUAAGAAGCCACUCUGUAUGGAAAACCUGGUGCAGAAAAAUCUCUCAGUUGGGCUUUUUCUGGAUCACAGUCAUAAGUUUUACUGACUUCAGUGAAACAUGGACAUGGAUAACUAAUCUAACAUUGUUGACUCAGAAUCUUCCAGGUUGUUGCAGAACCUGUGAAAAGUCAUUAUAUAACAUUUCCUGUAGAGUAUAAUUUGCUCUAAAUUACAAGAGAGCCCUGAAAAGUGGCUUGCUAUGAAAGGAACGGCCAAACUUCCUUUCUUCAACACCAGUUUUGAAAUAUAUGUCUAUAAGUGUUCCUAUUUCUUCAAAAAUUCAUUGUAUGGCAUGAGAGUCUGCCAUUUAACAAAAAAAGUCAACAAUUUCAUGGUAUGCAUUGUAGCUCUUGGUUUUACAUAAAAUAACAUUUUUGAUCCUGGACAUAGCUCCUUGUGUGUAUGAUGAUUAUGUGCUUGUAUCUAAUUUUUUCCAGUAUAUUAUGUACAGUGUAAUAUAAAGUGUGUAUUUAUGUAUAUAGAAAUAUGUACAGUCAUGUAAUCAUAUAUAUCAGAUUUCUAUAUGUUAGCAAAAAAGAUUUUAAAUGCAUUGCAAAUAUUGAGCUUCCUAAAUUUUUCUUCUUGCUCAGAGCUCAGAUCUGAUAUAAUCAUAUGUCUCCACACUUUCCUUAGUAGAGUGGGCAUCUGUUUCUAAAUCCAGGAAGAAUUUGCACUUUGUUUUAUAUAUUGAGAGAAGCUAUUUAAUAGUUCAGGAUAUUGUUUCUUGGCACUAACAAGCUCUGUUGAAAUGGAUGGUGGUUGUGCCAUUUGGAUAGAUUGCACCCAUGGACCGUUAACAUUUCUGUUUAUUCUUCACACACAAAAUGGGCUUUUUAUUCUUCUGGAAAAGGGGGUAGUUUUUUUUUGUACAGUCUUCUUUUUCCGCAUGUGAAAUUUAAUAACUGUGUUAAUAUUUUCUGUGUGUCUCCUGAAGUUUCUGAUUAGAAUGAACAAGGCUGUUAUACAAAAGACAUGUUUCAUUUUAUCUAUAUUGCAUAAGUGACUAUAAAGCAAAAAUACAAUAGGUAGUGCCAUCUUCCCUAAAUCCUAUUUAUACUUGUUCUGGCUUGUCUGGACAUCCUCCCCCCCUACUUUUCCUGUAGAAAAUCAUCUCUUUUUUUUACCUCAAAUGUAAUCAUCAUUUGAACAAAUAAUGGCCAUAUGGAGUAGUGUCCAACAUAAAAGUCUUCAUCUAAUUUACUAAAACUCACCCAAAAUGCUUUUUGCCAUGUAAACAAAAGGCAAAUCUUUCCUGGUACUGCACCCAUACAAAGAGGGAUCCCCAUAGGUUUGUUCUCUCUUUCUCUCUCCAUUUUGGUGUGUGUUCAUAGGCAUACAUACAAACAGUAUGCCAGACUACUCCAAGGACUGGUAGAUUUUGUACACCUCCCAUGUCUCCAUCCAGCCUUUCCAUCUCUGAAAUAACUUGCAUAACAUGGAGCAAGUGUGCUUGAUGAGGAUCUGAGAGCCAUGCAUAGACCUCCCCAUUUCCCACAAUACCUUGGGUUCUAUUGAGCCCUAUGGGGACCACUACUUUACAAUGCCAUCAUUGUACACUAAGAAGGAUCAUACCCAAAAUUAAUUGUUAGAAAAUUAAACUUGGUUAUUUUCUUCACCCUUUCUAUAGUUGUCUUGAUACCAAUAUCACUUGAGCCUCAGUUUCCACUCCUGAACUCCCAAUAUUCCAGAGGUGUAUAUAUAAACUUUGAAAAGAUUGGGCUUGAAGAAGUAAGGACUGCUGCCAGUCAAGUAUAUAGUCUAAUCCAUAUGCAUUUGUAGGAUUCUGGACAUGACUGAAAAGUCCACAGAGAGGGCCACAGAUGUGGGGCACAAGCACAAGCCUCGGGGAAGUCCUAUUCAAAUACCAGCAUGGAUUCAAGAGCUUUUCUGCCCAGCCACCAUUUACUGCCCAUAUAAGUAACAAGCCUGCAUAGCUUUCUUGUUUCAGGUGUUGGAACAUUCAUUUUAAUGAUUCACACUUAAUUGAUGAACUUUUGAGUAGCUCCCUUACCUUGAACAAGGUUCUCAUCCAUUUAGUGUCAUGACAAUCAUGCUUGCUGUUUUAAUUUAAAAUUAAAUGAAAAAUCCUUAAAUAAUUGGCCCGUUUCAAUAAUUAUUUUAAUGGGUGUUUAUAGCUCAACCAGCUUCUAUAUUGAAAAAAAAGACAAAUGGAACUAGAGAAAUUUAUUAGCAUUCUGUGAAAUACUCUACUAAAAGUUUCGGAUUUUGGUUCUGUAAAUAAUUCUUACAGAAUAUGGAGGACAGGCCAAACUUUAUUUUAUGUGCUAAGGUUGAGGCAUUGGGAAUAAAUUUAAAAUGGACACCUGUCAGAUGGCUGCUGAAGUUUGCUGAGCAGCACACUGCCCAAAAUACAUCAGAAAAAUGUCUAACUAAUCAACUGCUAACUCAAAAUCUAAUGUAAAGCCAUUGUUUCUAGUCAUUUUAUAACUGAAAAUCUGCAUAUAUUUAUCCAUUGUAUUGUUGUAUGUUUUGGGAAAAUACUUCAUGCUUUGAGCUCUUUUAAAAUUAAUCUAUUUGCUCCAAAAGGAAUUGUCUGUGAUAAUUCCCUGGGGUAUCUUUUGUAACCUUGUGCUUUUCAUUGUUUCUUAAAAUGUUGUCUGUGUGAGUAUUUUUUUUAAUUAUUAUUUCAGGUUUAAAACCUGGCAAAUGCUGUUGCUUUCUUACCAUUUCUUUGGUGAAAUCAGCUUUGUAUAUGUGAUAGCAUUUGAAAUAGCAUGAUCUUUUUUAAUCUGGAUUUUUAUAUAUAAUCAAUGUCUUCGGUCAUGGAGAGAAAUUUGCAUUGUUGUGUGUGUAUAUAGAGUAUUGCAGUGCAUGCUUAUGCAUUUUAUUAAAUGCUGUCUAAAUGUGGCAUUAUAUUGUUGUGGCUUAAUAUUGCUACCUAAAGGAAGUUUAUACAGUUAAAGUAAA